GGCGGGUUUAACAACCUGUUUAUUUGGGUUUAAAGUCAACGCGAAAAAGCAGAGGGGAAGUGACCGGUGAAAGUAACAGCCUGCUAACAAGCUAAUUUAACGUUAAACUCAGAAACAGCGUCAUGGCGGAACGGAAGGACCAAAGUAAAGGUGCCGCUCACGCGUCCACAGACGAUGUAAAAGCCUCAAUGCUACAGGAAGCCAUGGCAGAUUUUUUAAAGUCCAAGAUGGUGCGCAUACAAGGAGCCGAUCACUUCAUGCAAAUCCUAUCCACCGGCGUCUUCAAUGAAACUAAGCCCUUCUUCCCCGAAGAAGACCUCUCAUAUUCAGACAUCAGCGAUUAUGAUGAUGAUGAUGAAGAUGAUUAUUUUAAGAAACAGAAAGCUGCUCACCAGCCUAAAGAGCCUCAUUCACAAACAGCAAAAAGCACUGAUAAGAAGGAUGAUAAAGAUGAGAUGAAAGCAGAAGAAGAGCAAUCCAAGGAGAAAAGGCAGAAGAACAAGCGUAAAAAGAUGCGUCGAAAGGAAAAGAAACAAUCAGAAAAGGAGAAUACAGGCAUUUUACCAGAGGAAGAACCAGGCAAGUCUGACUCCUCUGAAAUUCAGGAAGAAAAUCCUUCUACUAACAAUAAUACAGAAGCAAAUAAAUCCCCAGAACGUGUUAAAACUCUAAAUGAAACCGAAGCUGCCGGAGAUGAGAAAAGGAGCGUCGUUAAUAAUAGAGAAGAAAAUCUUGCUACAAUUAAUAAGAACGAAGAAGUAGACCAGGAGGAGGAAAAGGAGUUGGAUUCCAAUAAGUCGUAUGCUGUUAAAUCGAUGCCCGAGGAGACAUGUAACCAGAAGCCUUCACAGGAAAUACAGGAAAACCAAUUAGUGGAAGUUCUGCAGCCCGAGAAGGAGGGGCCUAAAGUUGAGGAGGAGGAUCCUAAAGUUGUGGAGGAGAAGCCUAAAGUUGUGGAGGAGGAGCCUAAAGUUGUGGAAGAUCCUGAAGUUCAAAAGGAAAGGAGACUUAAGCCCAAUGAAGAGCAAUUACAAAAAGAGAACGUGCAACAGAAAACCACGCCUACAGCUGCAGAGGAGUAUGCAAACAUAAGCAGAGAUCUGGCUGGUAAAGGGAAUCGUUUGGCGGCUUCCGGAAUGUUUGAGCAUGCGAUUGAAUGCUUUACUGACGCCAUUAAAUUCAACCCACGGGAAUAUAGGUUGUUUGGAAAUCGGUCCCUCUGCUAUGAAAGAAUGCAGCACUUUGAAAAUGCUCUGCGAGAUGCUGAUCUGUCGCUCAGCAUGGAACCAAACUGGAUAAAAGGUUUAUUCCGGAAGGGGAAAGCUCUGUGUGGGCUCAAGAGAUACUACGAGGCCUCGCUGGUCUAUGAGGAGGUUCUGCAGCUGGACCGAUCCAGUGCUGAAGCCAAGCAAGAGUUAAAACGAGCACAGACGCUGCACCUCAUGGAAAUGGGCUUCGGCUGGGCAAAGUGCAACGAGGCCCUGAAACACCACGCCACGCUGCAGGAAGCUACUGAAGCUCUGUUUGCUGCACACGAUGCUUCCCAAGGUGCCGGUGCCAGCCGGGACGAUGCAGACGAACGCGUGCUGCAGGCAGAAGAUGGAAAGGAGUCUAAAGCCGUCCCCUCAGCCAGUCCUUCUCGAGCGCAGCCGGUCAAAGUGCCUCUGACUUCUUCUCCGCUGCAGAGCAGAUCCCAGUCUCACUCGCCGACUCCUCGUCCGAGGAAUUCUGUGAAACCGCAGCUCUACUCCAUCUGGGUCGGCGCCUUGGCUCCGACCGUCACCUACGCUUCACUUCAUGAGCUCUUCAGCAGAGUUGGAGUGAUCUACAGCAUCAAGAUAAUGCUGGAACACGAAUGUGCCUUUGUGAACUACACCAGACUGGAAGACUGUGAAAGAGCCAUCCAGUGUUUUGAUGGGAUGGUGUUGGAAGGGAUCGUGCUCCAUGUGCGAUAUUCCGUCAAAGGCCAAAGCGGUUGCAGUCUGGGUAAGAAGGAGUGCUUCUUCUGGAGGACCACCGGCUGCACGAGGCAGGACUGUACCUUCAAACACGUCCCUGAGCACAAGAAGAUCGACAGUAAGAAAUUCACCAGUCGACUGGGAUUCAACAACAUGUAGGAAAUCAAACAUGACUCUGGAGGUCUGACUCUGGGGGUGGGGGGGGCCACUGUUCUGGUUUUAGAUGUGGCUCUUGUGACAAUCAGCUGCAGGAAAAGAGAAUGUGUUUGGAUUUUAAUAUUUUCACUGUAUGUGCCUUUUUACUUCAACACACCUCAAGCUAUGGGCAUUCCUUUGAAAUUUUAUCAGGGAUGAUUUGUGCUCUUAUCUGUUCUAAGAUUCUGUUCAAUCACUCAAUCUUUUCUUAAUUGCAUUUCUUAAUGUUAAACUUGAGAUAUAAGAUAUUUUUCUGUGGACUGUUAGUCACCACUAGGUGGCAGCAUCACUGUUAUCCCUCAACAAACUGUGCUGCUUUCCUUUUAAAGGCUGUGAUUGAGAAGUUUUGCUUUGGCCCAGUUGAGGAGCCGUGUUUAGUUUUGAAUCUGUUCAGUAACCUGCAGGGACACUGUUUGUUUGAUGUGUUCUAUGGGUCAGUUAAGUCGUUAUGUCGAUUAUCUAUAAACUUUGAAAUGCUCAGACUUGUGGGUGAAUCUGUUCAGGGUGGGAAGACAAAGCCUCAACAACAAGUGUGUUAAUGUCCAAUCUUACAAGACCAAACACUAAUAAUUAUAUAAAGUCGGUUUCAAGGCUAAAGACAGAUUCUGAAUCUUUCAGUCCUCAUCGUGCAAAUCUUCCUAAUCUGGGACGUCACCACGAGGUCAGAGGAAGCCUGACUGGAGAAUGAGAACGUUUUUCAUUGUCCUACCCACAAUGCAUUACCAGAACAAUCCCGGCAGCAGCUGAGUAUCCUGUUGCAGUGUCUUUCUGUCAGGAGACCUUCACAGUUAUGAAGAUUUCAUUCACACAAGCUUCUCCUGAGCCUCACACUCCUCGGCCUCCCUGACUCGGCCUCCAGGCUGUUCACUGUAGACCCGCCUCAGCCCGGCAGGUUUGUUAUUCCACUCGGAGCAGAUCAGGAUCACUCCUAUGACUCCGGUUAUGCAACGUCUGGAGUGUGAAUUACAAAAAUCUUCCCAAAGAGUUGAAUAAUCGCCUGAAAGGGAGUUUGCUCUGGAGGGAACAGGUUUUGGCGUUUAGCUGUGAAAAGUGCUCGGUCUGGACCUUCAGGGCCGAGCAGCUGGACUCGUGGGCAGUAAUUGGCCGAUGGUGGCAUACCUCACCAAGCCCUUUUGAUCUGUGUGGGAUCUGAGAGCAUGAAAGGCCUGUAACACUAAUAACAUGAACUCUGCCUGAACCCGCAGGCAGCACUGGGACAUGUGCUUGAUAUAUCACCAACUUGCAAAAAGGGCCUUUUAUUUAAUCUGAUUGGUCGGCCCGGCUCUGCCCCACUAGAAGCCUGUUCAAAUGCAGAUAAAGACUGAUAAGAGCUCAGUGUUCACAGACCGGCAGGAACCAACGUCCCGCCGCUCUGUGCUCCAAUCCCUGACUUAACCAAAGCAAACACCAGGAAGAUUAAACGUGUCUUGUAAAACGGGGGCCGCCUGGUCUGAAGAGCUUUUAACGGAUUUCUCUCCCCCUGAAGGAAACAGAGAAACACACCGGGACAGAAAUGAACCAGCUGACACGGCAGGUUGCUCUCCCACUCUUUGCUUUUUGAUAUAUGGCCAUGCAGCAAAAAAAUCCUCCACACACUUCCCCCCCCCCCCCCCCCCCUCAAGAGAAGUUUUUCAGCCGGGGUAAUUGAAUGCAUCUCUGUGAGCGCGGGGACACGUAAUCUCAUUUUUAUUCUAAUUUCUGUGGUUCCUCGGCGCUGGUAAAUAAACUGUUGAUGUGACGAGAGGCAGAAGCUGAGUCACGCUGGGUGUCAACAGUCUGAUUCUCUCAGGAAGCCAAAAUAACAGCUCCUCUGCAGCUGCUGGGCUCCACAUGUCUUCACUCCAACCCCAGAACGUCCCCAGCAGGGCUGCUGCUUGUCCUCUUUUAAAGGAGGGACACUUCACACUGGACACACCACAGUUUUAUUCAGCCACAAACUCUUGGAGGGACAUUGUCCUUGCAUUUUAAAAUCUUUUCAGCCAAAGUCUGAGUAGUUUUUUAAUGUGAACUGAUUAGUCUGAGCUUUUCCUCUGAUUUAAAACUUAAAAUGGUCCAAAUCUUUUAUUUCUUUGCAACAAUGUGCAAUUUUUUUUUAAUCAGAUUCUGGUGACAGAACAGUUAUUGUUGGUCUUGAAGACCGUUUGCUGGAUUUCUGAAUAUUCCUAUUUCAAAUACUUGCUUAAGGUUGUUUUGUUUUAUCAUAAAUGUAAGAAAUACUUGACUAAACUUCAGGAGAUUAAAGACUUUAACUUGGA